UCGCCCCGUACCAAGAUGGCGGCGGAGGCGGCUGCCGGCAAGUACAGGAGCACUGUCAGCAAGAGCAAAGACCCGUCGGGGCUGCUCAUCUCGGUGAUCAGAACCCUGUCGACCAGUGAUGAUGUUGAAGACAGAGAAAAUGAAAAGGGUCGUCUUGAAGAAGCCUAUGAGAAAUGUGACCGUGACCUGGAUGAACUGAUUGUACAGCACUACACGGAAUUGACGACGGCCAUUCGCACAUACCAGAGCAUCACAGAGCGUAUCACCAACUCCCGAAAUAAAAUCAAGCAGGUGAAAGAGAAUCUGCUUUCGUGCAAGAUGUUGCUGCAUUGCAAACGGGAUGAGCUUCGGAAGCUGUGGAUCGAAGGCGUUGAGCACAAGCAUGUCCUGAACCUGCUGGAUGAAAUUGAGAACAUCAAGCAAGUGCCUCAAAAGCUGGAGCAGUGCAUGGCGAACAAGCACUACCUCAGUACCACCGAUAUGCUGGUGUCCGCAGUUGAGUCUUUGGAGGGCCCCUUGCUGCAGGUGGAAGGACUGAGUGACCUCAGGCUGGAGCUCCACAGCAAGAAGAUGAACCUGCACCUGGUGCUCAUCGAUGAGCUGCACCGGCACCUGUACAUCAGAUCCACCAGCCGCGUGGUGCAGCUCGGCAAGGACAAGGGCAGGACGAGCCUUGGCAAAGAUGCGUCUCCAGUUCCUCUGCUCGAUGUGACCAACCUCCCGACUCCUCGCAAGUUCCUCGACGUCGCUCAGUAUUCCGCUGCGGGGAGCUCCGGAGCCAAGGACAUAAACCUGCAGGACAUUAAGGAAGAUUUAGAACUGGAUCCAGAGGAGAACAGCACCCUUUUCAUGGGCGUCCUUAUCAAGGGACUGGCCAAACUGAAGAAGGUUCCAGAGACAGUCAAGGCAAUCAAGGAGCGCUUGGAGCAGGAGCUCAAGCAAAUCGUGAAGAGGUCGACAACCCAAGUGGCAGACAGUGGCUAUCAGAGAGGAGAGAGCCUCCCUGUGGAAAACCAGCCAAGGUUGUUGCUGGAGCUGCUGGAGCUGCUGUUUGAUAAGUUCAGUGCUGUGGCCUCUGCGCAUGCGGUGGUCCUGGGCUACCUGCAGGACGCCGUCAGGACACCAGUGACUCAGCAGGAAGACGUGAAGCUGUACGACAUGGCAGAUGUGUGGGUGAAGAUCCAGGAUGUCCUGCAGAUGCUGUUGACAGAGUAUUUGGAUAUGAAAAAUACUCGCACUGCCUCGGAACCAUCAGCCCAGCUGAGCUAUGCCAGUACUGGACGAGAACUUGCCUCCUUUUUUGCCAAGAAGAAACCUCAAAGGCCAAAAAAUUCUCUUUUCAAGUUUGAGUCGUCCUCCCACGCCAUCAGCAUGAGCGCCUACUUGCGAGAACAGAGGAGGGAGCUGUACAGUCGGAGUGGAGAACUUCAAGGGGGUCCUGAUGACAACCUAAUUGAAGGUGGAGGAACCAAAUUUGUCUGCAAACCAGGAGCCAGAAACAUUACCGUUAUAUUCCAUCCAUUACUAAGAUUCAUUCAGGAGAUUGAGCAUGCCCUUGAACUUGGCCCAGCUAAGCAGUGUCCUCUUCGAGAGUUUCUCACCGUGUAUAUCAAGGACAUCUUCCUCAAUCAGGUCCUAACUGAAAUCAACAAGGAGAUUGAAGGAGUCACAAAAACCUCAGACCCUUUGAAGAUCCUCGCGAAUGCUGACACCAUGAAGGCCCUGGGAGUGCAGCGGCCUCUGCUGCAGAGCACAAUCAUUGUGGAAAAAACGGUGCAAGACCUCAUGGAUCUGAUGCAUGAUUUGAGCGCAUAUUCGGAUCAGUUCCUCAGCAUGGUGUGUGUGAAACUCCAGGAGUACAAGGACACCUGCUCAGCGGCUUACAGAGGCAUUGUUCAGUCUGAGGAAAAGCUGGUCAUCAGUGCAUCUUGGGCAAAGGAUGAUGACAUCAGCAGGCUCUUGAAAUCGCUGCCAAAUUGGAUUAAUAUGGCUCAACCCAAACAGCUGAGGCCAAGGAGAGAGGAGGAGGAAGACUUCGUCAGGGCAGCCUUUGGCAAGGAGUCUGAAGUUCUGAUUGGAAACCUGGGAGAUAAACUCAUCCCCGCUCAAGACAUCCUCCGUGACGUCAGUGACCUCAAAGCCUUGGCCAAUAUGCACGAAAGCCUGGAGUGGCUGGCAGGCCGAACCAAGUCCGCUUUCUCCAAUCUUUCUGCAUCCCAGACGCUUUCCCCAGCUCAGGAGAGCCACGUGCACAUGGACCUCCCACCGGUGUCGGAGCAGAUCCUGCGGACGCUGAGCGAACUCGCCAGAGCCUUCCAGGAGAUGGCCGACCGCUGCUUGCUGGUCCUGCACCUGGAAGUGAGGGUUCACUGUUUCCACUCUCUCAUCCCUCUGGCAAAGGAGGGCAACUACGCCAUCGUCGCCAACGUGGAAAGCAUGGACUACGACCCCCUGGUGGUCAGACUCAACAAGGACAUCAGCGCCAUCGAGGAGGCCAUGAGCGCCAGUCUGCAGCAGCACAAAUUCCAGUAUAUCUUUGAAGGCCUGGGACACCUGAUCUCCUGCAUCCUCAUCAAUGGUGCCCAGUAUUUCCGGCGCAUCAGUGAAUCUGGCAUCAAGAAAAUGUGCAGGAACAUCUUUGUUCUUCAGCAGAAUCUGACCAACAUCACCAUGUCGCGGGAGGCCGACUUGGACUUUGCAAGGCAGUACUACGAGAUGCUGUACAACACGGCCGACGAGCUGCUGAACCUGGUGGUGGACCAGGGUGUGAAGUACACGGAGCUCGAGUACACCCACGCACUGACCCUGUUGCACCGCAGCCAGACGGGAGUGGGUGACCAGACAACCCAGAACACGCGGCUGCAGCGGCUCAAGGAGAUCAUCUGUGAGCAGGCUGCCAUCAAGCAAGCCACCAAGGGCAAGAAAAUCACCACAGUCUAACCAAGCACAUGGCAGCGCAGGUAGACAGCUGGGCCUUCCUGCUUGCUCCGUCAGACCCAAUCGUUUUCCAAGCUUGUUGGGCAUAGUCUGAGCUGAUUUAAUUUUCUCUCUGCUGAUGAGGAGAAGACAUAAGGAUGUUUCCCCUUUUAGUUUGGGAACCCUAAAGGAUGUGUUGAUCUAACAGCUGCUUCUAGAGAAUUAGAGCAAGACAAGGAGGAGGGCUGUGUCCAGUUGGUGGA